GAGCGCGGUAUGCGGAGCCGCAGCCUGCUGCUUCACUCUUUGUGCUGUGUCCCGGCCGUGAGCUGUGCUUUGGCCCGGGGAGCUCAGCGACAACUAGAAAUGCUUUAUUUUUCUACUUUUGUACCGCUGGACGUGCAGUGUGCAGCCCUCCCUCUGAGCCUAUGGGGGUUUUAAUGGACGGGGUAGCAUGAGUUCGCAGUGUUACACAGUGGCGAUGGACCUUGGCGUGUGUCAGCUACGGAAUUUAUCCAUAUCGUUUUUGUCCUCUGUGCUUGGGAAGGAGACUGCAUCAGUCCGGCUCGAUAGUUCUUCGGGCGCAAGUGUGGUGGCCAUCGACAACAAGAUUGAACAAGCCAUGGACUUGGUGAAGAGCCACCUGAUGUACGCCGUGCGCGAGGAGGUGGAGGUGCUGAAGGAGCAGAUCAAAGAGCUGAACGAGCGUAACUCUCAGCUGGAGCAGGAGAACAACCUGCUCAAGACCCUGGCCAGCCCCGAGCAGAUGGCGCAGUUCAGGGCGCAGGUCCAGACGGGGAGCUCUCCCACGGGCCCGGGCCAGCCCGCGGUGGGCUCCGCCGGGACGCAAGCCGCGCUCCCCCCCUCACAGAACACCGGCAUGUCCGCGUAAGGCGCCGGCCCGGAGAGCGGAGGGGAGAGGAGUCCUGCCAUACUGUGAAGACGUGACCCAGCCCGACUCGCUCCACAGCGCCCCCUCUCGCACGCUCGCCACAACGACGCUACCAGACAAAAGUUCAGACACGCUUUUUCGUCUGUUUCGUUUUUUAUUCCCGCAAUUAUUGACAUUGUAGAUUCUCUGAAGACGUCAAGAAUAUGAAUGGACACGUGCGGUAAAAAUAUAUUCAAAAAACACCCUUUGCCUUGAACCCUGGUUUGCACUUCUUACAUUUCUUGACCCUGACAUGGCACAGCUGUGAAACGAAAACCAUUUCAGGAGACGUCACGGAAAUCAUUGCGAGAAGGCCGAGUGUACGCAGCACUGUUAACAAAGCAAAGGGUGUCUACUGUGAGGUUUUUGAAUAUAAAAUCUAAAAACGUUGCUCGUUAUUUAAUAUUUUUCUUUGUUACAUAAUCUCACGUACCUUACUUUAUAUAUUUGACGUCUUCUGUGUGGAUCUAAAAUGUACAAAGUAUAAAACGUAAACGGUGAGACAGUGUGUCCGCUUUUGUCUGGUAAUGGACUUUGUUUUGUUGCACAUCGAAUCCAACUUUCGAGGGUCGCACCAGUGUCUCCAACUCGUCUCCGCUCUGGACAAUCGGCGUCGCUCCCGCGCGUCGCCACGGAAGAAGACAGACGGACAGAGCUAACACGAACUGAUUUUGUUUUAUGUUUUUCAUUUUUCUAUGUUUUAAUUUAGAAUUUCAAAUGCCACAUGAUGCUCGGCCCCUCCGCGGCGGGAGGGGCCCGUGGACUCGUUUACAUUCGCACACAGCUCUUUUUUGACUUUUAUUUAAUUUCCCAGAACGCUGUGGUUUUAUGCACUUUCCCCCGCCCCCUCAACUUUCAAAAAUGACGCUGAACUUUUGACGUACGUUUGGUCGGUCGAGGCGCGGCGGGCUGGACUCAGACACGUUGCUCCCCCCGCGCCUCGUGUUCACGUGAUCGUUGACGUCCCACCUGCACACCCUUUGCCCCUUUUGGACGGAGCGUUAAACAUUUAAGCAGGGAAUCCAUGUUUUUAUUUUGGGUUUUUUCGUCUGUUUUUAGGAAAAUCUGGGAGUGGUUUAUGAUUUUUUUUUUUUUUUUUUGUCGUUGUAUUUAAUGUCCUUGCAAUCUCUAAAAAAAGAAAUCAUAGGACGGAGAGUUAACGGGACGUGACUGUUUUUAGGAACUUUGUACAGUUCAAUUUGUGACUCUAAUCUGCCAAGUGCCUGGUCCGUAACCAUAGAUACAUAUAUAGUGUUUUUUAUUUGUCUUAUAUAAAUGUGUGUGUAUAUAUUUAUCUAUGGUUUACCAGGUUUUAAACUACCUGUGAUGUCAUUUCUCAGGGCGGGAGGAGACAUGGUUUUAACUGUCUCUCCCGCAGUGACAACACGGCCUUGACUCUGCUCAAAAAUCCGGAUUGUUCUACGUGUUGGUUUGAUUUUUUUAUGAAAUGUUUUUUUUUUGUUUUUGUUUUUUAUUUGUAAAAAAAGUGUUUGGGUUGCCUGGUGUGGCGGCCGAAGCUUCGAACACGAUAAUGAGAAUUGUUGAAAAAUGCCUAGCAGAAGUACGGCAUUGUUUUGUGCAUGUCCCCCAGCCCAUCACAAAUGUGACGUUACAAUUGCACUAGACAGUUGCACCUCGAAUAAAAAGGAAAAUCAAA